CGUACGUAGCAGCGUCAGUGACGCAAGCGUCCGUGCGCGACUCCACCCAACGGCACAAAACAACUUUGCGAGCGCAGCGCGAGUCAUGGUGUCAAAGAGGAUCUCCUGAAGAACAAACUGCGCGAACUCUCACCAAAAGCGACUAACAAGCUGUCGACGACCGUCUGGAUCUCUUAUAAAUUACAAAAAGUCCACUUUACGAAGGAAUUAUGCUUACCGAGUGUCGACUUUAAAGCUAGCAGAGCGCAGCUAGCUCAAGAGUUUGGCGCCGCGAACUUCACGAACAGUGGCUAUAGUGUAAAUAUAGUCGUUUAUAUAAUUUAAUACGAAGUAGUGUGAGAAAAGGAACUCUUUAAGGAUCUCUCCGAGAGUUAUUGGGUGUGUAGUGUGUCUGUGGACGGGUGGAGAUGGCUCAGUCGCCGGUAGCUGUUCAAGUUCCUGGAAUGCAGAACAGCCGAACAGACCCUGAAGAGUUGUUCACUAAACUAGAACGGAUCGGGAAGGGCUCGUUCGGUGAGGUGUUCAAAGGAAUCGACCGCCGCACUCAGAACGUAGUGGCCAUCAAGACCAUCGAUCUUGAGGAAGCAGAAGAUGAAAUCGAAGACAUCCAACAGGAGAUCACCGUACUCAGCCAGUGCGAUAGUCCUCAUGUCACCAAAUACUAUGGCUCUUACCUAAAGGGUAGUAAACUAUGGAUCAUAAUGGAAUAUCUGGGCGGAGGUUCAGCUCUGGACCUGCUGAGAGCCGGACCCUUUGACGAAUACCAGAUAGCCACCAUGCUGAAGGAGAUUUUGAAAGGUUUGGACUACCUGCACUCUGAGAAGAAAAUCCACAGGGACAUAAAAGAUCAGCCUGAAUUUACACCGAAUCUGCCAAUCACCGAUCACAAGAUCAUCAGCCAACAAAGAUUAGAGGCUGAUCGAUCAGCUGAUAUUUGGUCUCUUGGGAUCACUGCCAUUGAGUUGGCCAAGGGCGAGCCCCCGAACUCAGACAUGCACCCCAUGAGAGUGCUCUUCCACAUCCCCAAGAACACACCACCCACCCUCAACGGAGACUUCUCCAAGACUUUCAGAGAGUUUGUGGACUCCUGUCUCAACAAAGACCCUGUAUUUAGGCCAACAGCAAAGGAACUCCUGAAGCACAAAUUCAUCGUUAAAUAUGCCAAGAAGACAUCCUACCUCGCCGAGCUCAUUGACCGACUGAAGCGCUGGAAAGCCGAGGGUCACAGCGAUGGAGAAUCGAGUUCUGACUCUGACUCGGAGUCCAGCAGUAAGGACAAUGAGUCGUCUCCUGAGUGGUCCUUCACCACUGUCCGUAAGAAGAAGCCGGAAAAGAAGCAGCCCAAUGGAAUGGAUGAAGAACUGCAGAAGAAGUCAGGCAGUUUAACCACCGUCAUGGCUCCUGUUUUUUCAGAGCUGAAAUCGCAGCACAGAGACGAUGACGUGACGAGAGGAGUUCUCGAGCAGCUGGAGAAGAGCCUGCAUGUGGCUGAGGACAUCUGUCCUGGGGUCACAGACAGGAUGAUCACUCAUAUCCUGGAGAGGGUGCAGAGGUUCUCUAUGAGUUAGUGCUACAUUGGGUCGCUGGGAACACACCACCCUUCUGCUGUCAGGCCUGAUGACUGCACCUUAACACACUCACACAUGUACAGAGACGGGAGGGACGCGGGGGCGCGCACAUACUAUCUUAUCAUAACCAAAAGGAAUUCUUUUUUUUUUUUUGUCCCAAAGAAUGGAAAUAUAUAUAAAUAUAGUGUGUGUUCAACUGUAUUUAUACAAUUUUGCCACAUGCUUUUAUAUUAGUCUUCUGCUGGUGCCCAAGGAUGUGUGUUACUGUUAUUUUAUUCCACAUUUUACUUUGAAAGUCACAAAAUAUCCUUACCGGUUAAGUACAUCUGCUCUAGAGAGCAUUAGGAAAAUCUUUUGAUUCACGUAUAUUUAUAUGUAUUUGAUGUCCCAAUCCAUUACUUUAUUUUAAACUAUGAUCAAUAAUAUAUACGUUUGUGAGAUUAACAGUGUCUUUUUGUUCGUCUUGGUUUGGGAUUUCUUUGUUUCUCUCGACACACUGUUAACUGUAGCAUUACAGAACUGCUGUAUGGGAUUACAUGCAUAUCAUAUCAGUCGAAAUGAAUAGAAAUACCUCAUUUAAGCAAUCAAAAAAAGAAAGACAGCUGGUUAAUAAAGAUCGAUAAAAUUUAAACUGCUUGGAAAAUGAGAGGAAUUUUGCUGUGCAAAAGCUACCUCCACUUCUGGCCCAUUACAAUAGGAAAUUUAAUUUUUAUUCUUUUUUUUUAAAAUUUUUUUUUUAUUGGCACGGUAAUUAAAUUUCUAGACCUUUGUGUUUGCCCUUGAUUUCUCAGCAACGCCCUCUUUUUACAGUCUUGUUUUUGAGUUAAUAUUUUUAUACAAGAGUAGAAUUAUACUGUAUUUUUGAAGGAAAUAUGCACUUGCGCACACUUUGUACGGGGUGGGCCUGUUUUGUGUUGUAAUUUCAGGGCUCUCUUGCUCCAAAGACAUUCCACUUUGAGUAGAUCUCAAGGCAGCCUGCUUCUGUAACCAAUGGGGGAAUUUCUACACGCAAACUGAUGCAUUUAAGCUACCCGAAAUGACAGCAAGUGAUUCGAGUCCAUACUAGGCAGCCGUAUAGAAUUCAAGCUCAAUGCAAACUCCCUGUGAUGAGGGAUUUCUUUUCUUUUUUGCCAAGAGGGUGCCAUUGCUGGUGCGGUGGUCAUAUGUCAUAUUUGCUCCAGUUGGCUUGGAGAGACUGUGCCAACGUUGCAUCCCAUUGUGCCUAAAGCUCACCUUUUUAAUGUAUAUGAUGUUAUUGUCUUCUCAAACCGCUUUAAAACGAAGUUUCACACAUGUUGCCAGACUGCUGGAAGAUUUUAGAGCAAUAAAGGUGUUUAGUGGAUUUGUAUAUUUCUUUAUAGCAAUGUAGAUGCAGAAGCUAGGUUUUGUACAUUUCUUCACCAGAGCUUUUGUAAAUUUAAGACGCCAGACAGAAAUCUUUCUAGGUUGUAUCAUAUAGAUGCUGUUCUCUUCAUUUUUGGACUGUAACUGUUACAGAUACAUUUUUGUUUGGUGUGGCAAAUAAAGAUUUAAGUUAUGUCAUUUCA